AUGUCCUCUCGAGCAACCGGUAUAGAGCCAGAAGAACAAAAAGAUACUGUCACAUCGUGCACCUUUAAAGUACAUUUUUGGACUCCUUUUGAAGGUCUGCCAUCCCGCAUAUGUUCAUCAGCAGUGUGGAAUACCACUGGCAUAACAGUUGCCGGAUCCAAUAAUGGUACAUCCGGAUCGUCUUUAGCUCAGCUUAAUUCUCCAUACGAUCUCGUUAUUGAUUAUAAUAAUGUAAUGUAUAUUUCUGAUUUAUCAAAUAAUCGUAUUGUUCAAUGGAUCGAAAAUAAUACAUCUGCAAAUUUGAUUAUUGGGGGCAACAAUGGAUUAAAUGAACCAGCUGGUUUAUUCAUGGAUAAUCAAAAUAAUUUAUACGUUGCCGAUACAUUAAAUUCACGAAUUGAAAAGUAUUCCCUGAAUGAUCCGAUUGGUACAACUGUCUUUGGGCAAUAUGGAAGAGGCUCAUCGUCAAAUCAAUUAGAUCAAAGUUAUGCGCUCUUCAUAGAUGUAUUGAAUAAUUCGUACUAUAUAUCAGACACACAAAAUCAUCGAAUAAUGUUGUGGACGUUAGACGCGUCAAAUGGCAUAAUUGUAGCUGGAGGUAACGGUCGAGGUAAUGGCGCCAAUCAGCUGAAUCAGCCAUAUGGUAUUUGCAUUGAUUCUAACUCAACCAUUUAUAUAGCGGAUUGUGGGAAUAAUCGUGUACAACAGUGGUAUAGAAACUUUCAAACAGGCAAUACAGUCGCUAAUGGUUUAAUGUGCCCUACAGCCGUCGUACUUGACACAGUUGGAAACAUGUAUAUUGUAGAUCAAGGAAAUCAUCGUAUACUACGGUGGAUGAUUGGUGCACAAAGCGGUGCAACACUUAUCGGCACAACAGGUGUCUAUGGCAGUCAGCCAAAUCUUUUAUAUUAUCCAAGUUCUAUCAGAUUUGAUUUAAAUUGGAACUUGUUUGUGGCGGACUAUGAAAACAACAGAAUACAACGGUUUAAUCUAGUUAAUGAUGGAUGCAAUGGUAAUGGCAUAGGUUAA